AUGUCGAAGGUCAUAAGAAGCGUUAAAAAUGUCACGAAAGGAUACUCCAGCGUCCAGGUCAAGGUCCGGAACGCGACCAGCAAUGAUCCAUGGGGACCUACGGGAACGGAAAUGAGCGAAAUCGCUCAGAUGACAUUUAAUUCAUCGAACGAAUUCUAUGAGAUAAUGGAUAUGUUGGACAAGCGACUGAACGAUAAAGGAAAGAACUGGAGACACGUAUUGAAGGCGCUUAAGGUCCUGGAUUACUGCCUCCACGAGGGUUCGGAACUAGUUGUGACAUGGGCGCAUAAGAAUUUCUUCAUCAUCAAGACAUUGAGGGAAUUUCAGUACAUCGAUGAGAGUGAUCGAGACGUUGGACAGAAUGUUCGGGUUUCCGCAAAGGAAUUAACUGCGUUGAUUCUAGAUGAGGAAAGGCUACGAGCAGAACGUAGUGACCGCAAGACAUGGAAAUCGAGAGUCACUGGCAUAGAAGAAUUCGGCCCAACUCAUGAGCAACCUCAGCGCCGCAACACAAAACCUCACCGUGCACAGCGAGCGAACGAGGAAGAUGCCGAGUAUAAAUUAGCGAUUGAGGCUAGCAAGUACCAGGAGGAAGAAGACCGAAAGAAGCGUCAAAGUCGGAAUGGGGAGCCAGAGGACGAUGACCUCGCAAAAGCCAUCAAGCUAAGUAAGGAAGAGGAAGAGCUUCGAAGAAGGGAAUUAGAAGAGCAGAAUGCCCACUCUCUGUUCGAUGACGACCCUAUCCAAACUGUGCAACCUACCGGUGGCUUCAACCAAGGAUACCAGCAACAGCCACAAGUGGACUGGGCAGGCAACCCGAUUGACCAAACCAUGCAGCAGCAGCAACAACAACAAACGGGCUACAUGGGGAACAUGUAUACAGGCUUCCAGAACCAGUCGACUGGCUAUCAGAAUGGAUUCUCGAAUGGACUUGGAACGCAAAACGGCUUUGAUCCUUAUGGCCAACAGCAGAUGCAGCCGCAGCCACCACAGCAAACUGGCUUCAAUCCUUAUGGCCAGCAGAAUGCCUUCUCUCCUCAACCACAACCUGAACCAUUGAUCCAAGCCAAUACGAACAAUCCUUGGGCAACCAAUAAUCAGCAAGCACAAGCUAUUAACUCCACACCAGCUGGCUCCAAUAAUCCCUUCGCACAAUCGUUUGGCCGACCUCAAACAACCUCAGCUGUGCAAUCAAAGCCAACACUGGCUACACUUCAAGAGCAACAGACAGCCACUUUUAACAACACUCCUUCAUACAAUCCUAUCACUUCUUUCACACCUCCGCCCAAAGAACAAGACCCCCACACUGCCAGACUCAACGCUCUCCUUUCGUCAGGUGAAGGCAUGGAUACCUUUGGCAACACUGGUAACCUCCGCAUUCCGGCCCAACACACCGCCCCUGGAACUUUUGUCAACAGUGCAGGAGCAGGUCUGGGACGGCUCACGGAACAACAGACAGGCACGAAUCCCUUCCUACAGAACCAGUAUACGGGUAUGCCCCAGACGUCAUAUGGCAACCAAUCUGGUGCUUUUGGUGCUGGUCGACAGGUUCCAGCGGCAACAGGUCCGGCGGGCAUGUCGAAUGGAUUUGGUGGUGGUUAUGGUGCACAGUCAGGUAAUCCUUUCGGGCAAAGACCUCAACAAGGAUCAGGCGGACAGGAUUUGAUACAAUUUUGA